UGAUUGUAUCUCUAACCUUACUGUAUCAUGAUUCGAUCCAUUCUUUGCUUGCCGGACAAACGAAGAAGAACCAAGCAAGAGCACUGUCACUGUCACUCUAGUUUCUUUGCCAUGGGCUUGCCACGGUACCAGCAUGAUGAUCGACGAGAAAGACCACAACCCUCCUUCUGUCAAUAACGAGGUUCCCGAGGAUGAUACAAACCAAGAUUCCAGUGGUUGUGUGGAUCGUCUUCUGGUGCCUCUGGUUCCGAUCGACGAAUUCCCACCGUUUCCCACGCCUCGCUACAAAAGCCAACGCAAUGAAACCUUGUGUGGCAUUACCAUGAUCACAGUGAUUGCUGGAAUACUCGUGGGUCUGACGCACGGGGUUGCCUUGACCAUUGGCUUUGACAUUGAGACACACCCAGUGGCUUGGUGGAUCAUUUUUUCUCUCAUCUACGGCGAAGCCUUGGUGGCCAUGUUGUUGUUGGCCGCCAUUCUCUUGGUGGAUCCCGGGGUUGUACCACGAACUCCCACAACCUGCUAUCCCAUUCCUCCAUCGAUUGCCAAAUGGCUGACUGAUGGCGCCAAGAAAGAGGACAAACCUUCCGCACUCUAUCUUCCCUCGCUGCAAAAAGAUUGUCAGGAUACUUACUGUACCCGUUGUUUGGUUUGGCGUAAAGCAGAGCCUGAUACUACCACUGAUACUCGCAGACGAAAAAAGACUCCGGAAUCUGGCACCAACACGUUCCAAUCGACUGCCACAGAGACUGUCACCACCACGACCAUUAUUGAAACCACCACCGAAACCCAAACCAUCACACAACAAUCAGAAGAACCUGUUGUAGCUCCCACCAACACCACCACUACAAAAACUCUGGUGACGGAACAACAAGAGACUGCUAACGGUUCCAUCAAAUACUUUCAUUGCAACACAUGUCAACGCUGUGUCCGUCAUUUUGACCACCACUGCAGUUUCUUUGGUCGCUGUAUUGCUGGGUCUCGCACCGAAGGCAAUUUGGCCUUGUUUUGGAGCAUCAUUGGGGUGGGUGCGGCUGCCUACUUGACUUGUUUGGGGUCCGUCUUGGCAGGAUUGUUGCAUCAAUAUCCAGUCAAAUGGGUGUUGCCAUUGUUUGGUUUGGGUCUCAUGAUAUUGCAUGGCUCCAACUCGUGUCUGCAACGUGCCCUUUGGGGACUUCGCCGGUUCUUUUGCCAAUGUUGACAAACACCAAAAACUAGUAGCAAUGGCUGACGGACAUCCAACCGAUUGGCAGCUACAAGCUCGUUAGCUGUCAUCAUGGUGGGAGACAGUUGUAUGAUAGACAAUACAAAAGUAUGUGGGGUACCGUAUGCCAGAGUGGUUAAUCAGUGUUACCGUACGUACCGUAUGGAAGAACCAAAGUACUGAUUUGACUGACUCGCAUCCUGGCCUCCCUGGGACGAGAUCACGCCCUGUUUCUGGGUGUUGAUACUGCGAGUGACGGUAGCCAAAGCUGCAGUGCCACCGAGGCCUACGGUAUUCCUGGCAGUGCAUUCGUGUGUCCUGAUUUGCCUGAUGUCGAAGGUCUGGUGGCACCCUCCCACAAGAGAACACUACAUUAGAACCUUGCUGGAAACACACAACCAUAAAUCUGAGAUUAGUUGCACAGUAGCUUGAUCUAUAUUGAUCGAUCAUUUGCAAACUGGAUUGGACGUCACAAACCAUAUUUUAGAAUACAUUUACAUGAUAAAAUUCCUAAUCUUCCAUCGCAUUUU